UUGACUUCCUCGUGCACUCUUGGGGCACUAGUUUUCUCGAAUCGCCAAGUUGGUGUGCCAAACUGUUUGACAAAAUGCUUCGUCGAGGAAUCCAACGAACUUUCUGCUUAUCUUUUCAGCCUGCUCAACAAGCUUUUUAAAUUGGGUGCUUUCUGUAUCCUCUGUUUCGUCCAUCAGAUGAACUUUGUGCUGAUCCAUGGCAGGUUUACUGUAAUCGAUAUCACUGAGCCCUUGUACACAUGCGGCAUGCUCCCACACUGGAAUUCUCCUCAAAGUUGUUCCUCGUUGUAGUCUUUUUCUGCCCUUUGAAAGAAAAAAGUUGUUCAAUAUUGUUUUUGUUCAAGUUCAGCUUAAACUAGCUUGCAUAUCAAGAUAACCAUUUUGAGCUAUUCGUUUGGAGGUUGUUGGUUUGUUCUUUGCCCUGAACAUGAAGUUUCUUGCCAUGACUGGUCCCCUAUAGUUUCAUAUAAUCACAGCACUAGCUGAAACAAAUGGAAACUUCAAGCUCGAAAAGUAGUCCUUUGGGUACUAGCCCAUUUUCAACUCCAUUGCGCGCUGGAGAGCUUCUAGGGAAAAGAAUACUUGCAUGGACUGAAGAAACCGGAUCGUCUGCAUCAGUUUGCGUUCAUAUAGAGCAGAAAAUCUUUACAUUGCACAAGUAUGUUUUAAUGUCAAAGAGUGGAUACUUUAGACGAGCACUACUGAAGUCGAUGGAUGUGGAGCUCCCAAGUACUUUCCCUGGAGGGUCUCAAACUUUUCAGUGGAUUGUUCUGUUCAUGUAUGAUUAUCCGCUCCCCAUGGAUCCUUUCAACCUAUCAGCAAUCAGAUGUGCAGCAGAGGUCCUGGAAAUGUAUGAAAAUUACUGCAGCGGGAACCUUUGCGAACAGUCUGAUCUUUAUCUGAACCAAGUAGUUCUGCAACACUGGGCAGAUACUUUGAUUGUUCUUCAAAAGUCUCAGACCUUGCAACCAUGGUGCGAGACUCUUUUGAUCGUGAGCCGCUGCAUAGAGUCACUAGCUUUCAUGGCCUGCAUGGAGGUUCUUGAUCCAGAGAGGAGAGGGCAGGAGCCAGUUAUCACAUUCAGCUUGGUAGCUGGACGACGUUGGAAUUGUGAGGCUGCAAAGGAAAUUUCAGGGAAGCAUCUUUGGAUCAAGGACUUGAUAGCAAUACCAUUUGGGCACUUUCAGAGAAUAAUUGGUUCUAUGAGAAGACAGGGAAUGGAAGAGAAAUUCGUGAGCACGAUGAUCAUGUUCUAUGCUAACAAAUGGGUUCUGUCUAAGAAGACACAUCAAUUUUGGGAGAUAACUGCAGAAAAGAAUAGCCAAGAUGUUGUGAAUCACAAGAUCUCAGUCAUCUUACAAGGUGUUGUAGAUUUAUUGCCAAUAGACCAAAAGUCCCGAAAUAUAAUCCCUGUAGGAUUUUUGCUGUCCUUACUUUCAAGAUCCCUGAAGAUACAUUCAGCAAAUGAUGUCAAGAAGAAGCUUCAACACCUGAUUGCCUCUCUCUUACACUUGGCACAACUUGAUGAGCUGCUUUUCCCCGAAAAGGGUGGGCGGUCAAUCUCAUCAAGUCCAGAAGUAGAAGCAAUGAAGAAAGUUUUUGUCAUUUCCAUAACUUCCUUUACAAAUCCCAGCACAUUCUUCACUGUUUCAAAGCUUUGGGAUCUAUACCUUUCACGCCUGGCAGUUGAUCCAGACCUGAGUGCAAGUAGCUUUAUGGCUUUUGUUGAAAUAAUACCAAUCUCUGCAAGACAAAACCAUGACCACCUUUACAGAGCCACUGACACAUUUCUUUUGGCUCACCCUCACAUCUCUGAAGAAGAAAGGGUUUCUGUAUCCAAGGACCUCAAUUGCCAAAAGCUAUCACAGGAAACCUGCAUUGAAGCAGUUCAAAAUACACGAAUGCCACUGCGUCUGAUAGUCCAAGCACUGUUUGUUCAACAGCUGAACAUUCAUCAGGCUGUCAAGGACUGCUCUGAAUCAUUCAGGCUAACACAUUCAUGUGAAUUCUCUGACACAGUUUCGUGUUUGAAAUAUCAGCAAAACAGCAAUAAACUUUCCUCUGAUGAUGGCCACAAUGAAGCAAUAGCAGCAGAAGCAGCAGGAGAAGAAGAGGAAACAAUUGCAGAUGGCUGCAUGCCCUUAGGACUCUUACUUAAAAAUCCGGUUGGCCAUCAACCAAAUUUAAUCAAAGACGACUUUGAAUCCACAAGCUUCAGGCUUCAGUGCCUUGAGCAAGAAGUUGAAAUUUUGAAGGCAAGGCUUCAAUCGCGAAGGCUCUCAAGCAAAGAAGCUCAAAGAACAGCAAGCUUCAAAAUAUUCAACAUGGGAAGCAGGUCAAUAGAUAAGAUAGAGAGGCCAUUGAACCACGUUGGUAGGAAUUGCAUUGCAUCUGCUAGCUGGUCUUCGCAGGGAAAGUAUGCCAGAAGGAUACUGAAAGUCUUUCAGAAGAUACCACUAUUUGGAGGAGUCAAAUCAAAGAGGAAACAGGCGUCCAUUGGGAAGAAGACCACGGGUAAACUAAGUGAAUGUAGUUUUAUGGAUUGAAACACUUAAUAUUCAGAAUUAAGAAUUCAUUAGGUGUACAAGAUUGUAUAAUUAAGUGAAUGACUCUCACAGGACACAAAAACAGUUGCUGGCACAGAUUUAUGUGUUUUAAUAGUUCAUGCUGUAAAAAGUUUGUUAUGGUACUCCCAUCUGGACAUUCUAGAAAUUAUGCUGAGAAGUGAGAACUGUUGGUUCUAGAGGUGAAACAGGUUGGAAGCUCUUAUUCUCGGUGCUUCCCGAAAUUAUCAGAUAUUGUACGUUAUCUUUUUAAGCUCAAACCAGAAGCAGAUCAGUUUCAGCCAGUUUAGAACAUUUCCAUAGAAAGACCACUCCCCACCAACCUUCAUUUCAGCACAAAGUAGGCCUCCCAACAGGACUUGAUGUUCACUGGUCAAGAACAGGUGCAGGUAGAUGACAAGUAUGAAUCACAUCUCUAAAUUCCCAAAAUCAGAUAAAAAGGACCACUCUGUUUUUGCAUUUGUCCGAUAUUCUUGUCUAUUGGAGGCAAUCUCAAAAGUUAGCAAAGACAUUCCAAAGCAAGCCAUGGUUAUAUAUGUUCUACAGUGCAGGAAUUUAUGGUUGGAACUCAACUGACAUUCUAGAUUGAUAACAGCAAGAUUCCUUGUUUCAUGAUUGAUGGAGAAUCCAUUUUAAAUGGGAAAACAGAAUGGGAAUGCAAUUUUCAUGUUGGCCAACAAUUGUUAGCAUAGGAAUACCAGUUUCAAAUUGUCACAUUUCUUUUCAUUUCUUGUGUUGUUGGU